AUGGCGUGGCAACCGCAGGAGGAGCCUCUGCGCCAGCUCGCGCAGUGUCUCCGAGACUCGCUCAGCGGCCAGGACCAGAAUGCGCAGAAAAACGCCGAAAUCAUGCUGAAAACGGCCAAGACCUCGCCCGACAUCGACAAAUACCUGGCCUACGUCUUUUCAAACGGCCAGCCUCCGCCGGCAGUAAACAUGGACGCCACCGGCUACUUCCAGGCCCGCGCUGCCGCAGCCGUCAUGUUGAAGAAUGACAUCAAGUCCUCGUACAAGACCAUCCCCGAGACGUCCAAGUCCUACAUACGCUCGAUAAUAUUGGUCGGCCUGCAGGACCCCAACUCGCAGAUGCGAGGCUAUGCGGGGAACGUCAUCACCGAGGUCGUGCGUCAAGGUGGCCUCAUGGGAUGGCCGCAGGUUCUGUCUGAUCUGAUCGCCAUGGUCAGCAACACGGACGGGAACGUCUCACAACAAGCUCAGGAGGGCGCCAUGAGCGCGUUACUGAAGAUCUGCGAGGACCACAAGCGCGCUCUUGAUCGCGACUACCAGGGCCAACGGCCCCUGACCUUCCUAUUUCCCAAGCUCCUGGAGUUCACCACGAGCCCUCUACCCAAAGUGCGCGCCGACGCCCUCUCCAGUAUCAAUUUGUUCAUUCCAGACAAGCCUCAGGCCGUUGUAGCGAAUAUAGAUGCAUUGUUACAGCAGCUCUUUCGCCUCGCAGGAGAUUCGAGCGACGAAGUACGGAAACACGUCUGCCGUUCCUUCGUUCACAUUGCGGAUAUUGCGCCGCAGAAGAUAGUACCCCAUAUGGAGGGCUUGGUGGACUAUAUGGUGACGCAGCAGCGCAACGUCGAGAAUGCAGAUCUAGCCCUGGACGCCGCCGAAUUCUGGUUAUGCGUCGGCGAGGACGAAAAGAUGCGGAACCACCUCGGGCCUUAUCUCGCGAAGAUCGUGCCUGUUUUAUUAGAGAGCAUGGUAUACGGCGAAGAUGACAUACUGCGUCUGGAAGGCGAGAGGGACGAUGCCGAGCUCGAAGACCGAGAGCAGGAUAUCAAACCCACCUUCGCUGCUAGCAAAUCGGCCCGGCUGACGACCAAUGCCAAUGGGGAGACUACGAACGCCAACGGGACUACCGUCCCGUCUAGCACUGGAGUUGACGAUGACGAUUUGAGCGAUGGUGAAAUCGACGAAUUUGAUGACGACGAUUCUAUUACCGGUGACCCAGAAGAACAGUGGAACCUCAGGAAAUGUUCAGCCGCUGCGCUGGAUGUGCUUGCGUCGGUCUUCCACGAGCCAGUAUUCCAGGCCACGCUCCCAUACUUGACAGAGAAUCUGAGUCACGCGGAAUGGCCGAACCGAGAAGCAGCUGUUCUUGCCCUCGGGGCCAUCGCCGACGGCUGCAUGCCAGCUGUCGAACCACACCUGCCGAUGCUCACCCCUUACCUGAUAUCGCUCCUGCAGGACAGCGAGCCUGUUGUCCGGCAGAUCACCUGCUGGUCUCUGGGGCGGUACUCUGGAUGGGCGUCGCAUCUUGAUGAGAGUGGUAAACAGCAGUUCUUUGUGCCAAUGAUGGACGGAAUUCUGCAGAGGAUGCUUGACAGUAAUAAGCGAGUCCAAGAGGCAGCGGCAUCUGCCUUCGCAAACCUCGAAGAGAAAGCGAACAAGCAGCUCAGCGUCUACUGCCCUAUUAUUGUCCACCAGUUCGUCCAAUGCUUCGCGAAGUACAAAGACCGGAACAUGUUCAUCCUCUACGACUGCGUUCAGACGCUCGCUGAACACGUCGGCCCCGCGCUUGCUCAAGACGAGCUCGUCAGCAUCCUCAUGCCCGCGCUUAUCCAACGCUGGAACAAAGUCUCUGAUCAGUCGAGGGAGAUGUUUCCACUGCUCGAAUGUCUCUCGUAUGUUGCCACAGCGCUUGGGUCGCGCUUUUCGCGGUAUGCGUCUGGCAUCUUCACCCGAUGCAUCAACAUCAUCCACCGAAAUCUCGAGGAGACUAUGCUCGCCGAGACCAAUCCAGCUCUCGAUAUACCGGAUAAGGACUUCCUGGUGACUGGCCUAGAUCUGGUCAGCGCAAUCAUUCAGGCCCUCGAUCUACAAGACAGUGCUGCGCUAGUUGCUGGAGCGCCAAACUUUUUCCAGCUGCUCGCUGUCUGCAUGAAGGACCCCAACAACGACGUUCGACAGUCCGCGUACGCACUCCUUGGAGACUGCGCUAUCUAUGUCUUCCCUCAACUGCAGCCCUGCCUGCCGGAGAUUCUGGAUAUUCUUAUCGCACAGUUGGAGCUCUCGCAAGUCAUGAUCGAUGCGGAAGAGACGGGCUACUCAGUCAUUAAUAACGCAUGCUGGUCCGUCGGCGAGAUCUCAAUGAGACAGAAGGAUGGGAUGCAGCCUUACGUGGAGAGACUUACCCACAAGAUUGCAACGAUACUUUUCGACGAAAAAGUGCCAGAAUCGCUCAACGAAAACGCAGCUAUCGCCCUCGGAAGAUUAGGAAUAGGUUGCGCGCAGUACCUUGCUCCGCACCUCGCUCAGAUUGCUCCUCCCUUCUUGCGAGCAAUAAAAAAUGUGAUGUGGACCGACGAGAAGGGGCAUGCUCUAACUGGCUUCAUGCAGAUUAUCCUCGCAAACCCUUCCGCAAUGGAGCAGUGCCUCUUGGAAUUCUUCGACGAGAUGUCGCUGGCCGAACGUAACCUUGUGACUGGGCCCACCGAGGAUCACAAGGCGCUCCGGGAGACGUUUCAACAGGUUAUUGAGCAAUACAAGAGCAUGAUUCCAGACUUCGACGCCUUUCUCCGAAGCCUACCACACCAGACUAGAUUUCGCGAGCUGUACGGCGUCUGA